AUGGUAAACUUACCUAACUUUAUGUUUUUUAUAAAUUCUUUUUGGAAAAAUAUUUUGAUAAAGCAGGAUUGUUUAAAAGAUUAUGGUUUCUGUCUUUGAGACGAAUCAAAGUGAGUAAAUACAAUAAAAAAUAUUUUUUUAUUAUUUAAAAUGAGUAAGAAAUUACUUUUAAUAAAUACACCAAAAUCAUCUGCAGCAAAACCUUGCAAAGUUGAAGUAGGAAUUUCCUGCAACACUAUCACUAAAUACUCAGAAGAGCCUGUAGAGGAGGCCAAAAAGCUAAACAGUUUUAUUCCAAUUAUAACUAUACAUGAUAAUUAUGCUGCAAAUCGCCAAAAGACAAGAUUAUCAAUAUCUUCAAAAAGAAGCUGUAUAACCCCGAAGGAAAAAUUUAUUUACCUUAAUAUAGGAGAAAACUCAUUAUCCAAACUAAAAUUUAAAUCCGAAGGAAGAGGUAUAAAACGACUUUUUAGUAGAAGAGUGUCUGAUACGAAUUUAACCAAAAAUAAUAAAAAAAUCUAUAACUCUUUUGAGGUGUUGAACAUUGAAACUUCAUUAUCAAAAAUUUCUAUGCCAAAAAGGCAUAAAGCCCCUAAAAACUUCUAUUCUCUUUUAUUUAAUCUAAGACUUAAUUAUUAAUUUUUCCUAAUUGUUAUUAAUCUAUAUCAUAAGGCAUAUCUAAACCAUAUUUGUAGCACAAAAAAAUUGAUUAAAAAUCCCCAAGCCGACCAACUCAACGAUUUUCUAUUAACAACAGUUCGGAUCAAAAAAAUUGCGCUAAAGCAUGGGCAUAUAUCAAGAACAAAAAGCCAUUAA